AUGUCCGUAUAUCUGAGUGUGAAAACCAAUGUUAUAUGGAGUGCUAUGGAGGUCUACCGUAGUAGCCGUCACCAAGUGCUACGUAGUGCUACGGUAGCCUUGCGGGAGGCUACAUGGACCGGGAAAGCUUUCAGAGCAUCGUCAUCGACCUCGACGAAGCGGCGAAGGCUCACGCUGACAGAGUCCCAGCCAAGUGAUCCGGACCUCGGAGGGAGAAUCGAACAGCAACGAAAUAAAAUGGGGAACGGCGUACCGCCAUUCGCCCGGCGCAUGCAGUCGAGUCUAAUUGAGGCAGGCGUCUUCGACACAUCAUGGUUUCCACAACACAUCGGUAGCAUGGAAGGGGCGGCUGCGUGGCCCGUUCGUCAACGCAAGUGGGUAUACGGGACACCUGGUGGGUACCGACACGAGGGUCCCGCGAGCAUCAUUCGAGCUGGUACCGAGCUCCGAGACAAGCAAAAUGCCCAGAAGCGAUGGGGAGAACAAGAGAAAAGUUACGAGCGAAAUCGUACUGCGAUGUAG